AUGCCAGCAUUUAUUAGAGGCCAGAAUAAAAGUGGUAUACAGGGAAGAAAGCGCAGAUUCCCUAAGGAAAUUUACUAUGGCGUCUCACUGAUGACGCUGGGGCUUUUCCAUGUUCUGUGUUCCUCUGCUGCCGUUAAACUGCUAAUAGAAACAAAACAGGUAUCAGUUGAAGAUGCCGAUAUUUUAAUAUUUAACGGAAAGGCCUUUGAGGUUUUGGAGGAGGAGGUGGAAGAGGAUGAAAUCACAUAUCUGGUUCGGGAUUACAUAAAGAACGGGAAAUACCGGUAUGUAUUUAUCAACAGCACUCGAUUAAUAUUUAACUGGAAGUACUGCGAGUACUACACCCCCAAAGGAGCAAAAUACAUGGACACCCUCACAAGGAAGGAAAGAGAAAUUCUAUUUGGGAAAAACAUGCUUGUGACAAAGAGCAAGAGCAACUUCUACAUCUUUUUUGACGCGCUUUUUGACAAAAUUAAUGUGUAUACAAUUUUUGGUAUCCUUUUGUGGAUCUACAUAGACUACUAUAUAUAUGCAUUCCUUAUUUUUCUGCUCAUGGCGUACAAUCUAACAAAUGAGGUGUCAACGGAGGUGCAGAAAAACGCCCAAUCUGAAAAAAUCUCCAAGGUGCAGAAGCACUCGUUCAUUCUUUGGAACGGCGCAAUAAAGGUGAUAAAGGAGGCAGAGAUAGUAUUAGGAGACAUACUUGUUCUGCUGCCAUUUACUGAAGUUCCGUGCGACUGCGUGGUGAUAAGCGGAUCAGUUGCUGUAAACGAGGGGUUUGUUACAGGCGAGUCUGUUCCAGUGCUCAAAAAGGAAAACACCGAAGUGCUAGCAGGGUCUGUUGUUUUCCAGGCGAUAAUGCAGGAUCCCGAGAAGUAUGAGCAUAAAGACCCAACUCCUGAGAUAGAGAAAUAUCUCGAGUCAAAUAACUACUGCCUGGUUAGAGCAGUACGGAUAUCUUAUGACUCUGCCAGGGGAAAGGCCUUUAGAAACCUAAUCGAAGAUAAGAUGGGCGUGCCUCCAAUAUACUAUGACACAAUUAAGUUUAUAGGCAUCAUUGCCUGCAUGCUAAUUCCGUGCGUUUUUUCGGUUUUCAUUUACCUACAGGCGCAUCUUCCAACAAAGAUUUUAAUUUGCUAUAUAUUUGACCUGGUGUAUGCGCUGGUAUCGCCCUCGCUUCCUACUGCUAUCUGGGUGGGCAUGUCUAUGUGCGCGCAGCGCCUUCAGCAGAAAAAGAUUGUCUGCAAAGACAUCUCUAUCAGCAAUGUCUCUGGAACCAUCACAAAGGUGUGCUUUGAUAAAACCGGGACUCUAACUGAAGAAGGGCUGGACAUAAAGUGCAUAAAUGUUGAUGGCACAGAGGUGUUUUCUAUAGAGGAUAUCAAGGACCCGAUUGUUCUGCGUGGGCUUAGCAUGUGCCACUCAGUUGAGAAAAUAGGCGAUCGACUGAUUGGAGACCCACUGGACGUAAAGCUUCUGCAGUUUGCUAAAGGGUGUGUAGACUAUACAACACGCAACCAAAAGAUAGAGAAAACAGUUGCAGUAAACGGAAAGGUCCUGGGAAAAAUAAACGAAACCUUUGACUUUGACUCCACAAUCCGAAGAAUGUCAACUGUAUCAGAAGCCAACGAUGGAAGCCUAUAUGCCUUUGCUAAGGGAUCUGCAGAAGCAAUUCUGUCUAUAUCAGAAAACCAAGCGGGCAGCGACGAAGACAGAGAUGUGGUGAGCGAGUACACGCGGGAGGGAUACAGAGUUAUAUCACUUGCAGGUAAGCCCAUGAAAGAGAGAACAAAAGACCGCCAGGAAGUGGAGAGCAAUCUAAAGAUACUGUGCACCAUUGUAUUUGAGAACAAGCUUAAAAAAGACAGCGCAAAGACAAUAGACACACUUAAGAGAGCAGGGCUAUCCAGCAUCAUGUGCACAGGCGAUGCGUUGCUAACUGCUGUGUCUGUGGCAAUGAAUUGCGAAAUUAUUGAGCCGCACGUGCCUGUUAUUUAUCCAAAGCUUGGCUCAACAAAAAAAACAAUAGAGUCUGUGGUGUGGGCGUGCUUCAAUGACGACGUGGUGUUUGACAAGAUGCUGAUGAAGGUGAAAAAGGGACAGGACUAUGUAUCGUAUAUUGACUAUGUGAUUGCCAUUGAAGGGACUUUGUUUGACCUUUUUAUGGAGCACCCUGAGUAUAAACAGCUGAUCCAAAGGCGGUGCAAAGUGUUCUCCCGGAUGAAUCCGCUGCAAAAAAGCAAAGUAGUGGGAAUGUACAAAGAGACAGAUUUGGUCUGCUUUGUUGGAGAUGGGGCAAACGACUGCAACGCCAUCCAAAUUGCAGAUGUGGGCAUAUCAAUCUCAAACUCAGAAGGGUCUGUGGAGUACUGUGUUUCCUCAUAUCUAUCAUAUACUAAAGAGAUUUCCUGCAUACUAGAUAUUAUCAAAGAGGGGAAGUGUGCAAUAAUAACCACGCUUAGCAAGAUUGAACAGAUACUUAUUAUAACGAUAUCCCAGUUCAACGCCUUGAUAAUUCUUCUCUUCAAGAAACUCUUUAUGUCAGACAUGCAGAACAUAUACACAGACAUUUUGAUCAAUAUUCCACUUUCUAUUUUAAUGUCGCACUUCAAAGCGUCUAAGAAGCUGUCUAAGAAAAAGCCGCAGAAAAGGCUCCUUGCCCAAAACCCUAUAGCUGGAAUAGUUGUCCACUGCUUUACCCAUCUAAUCCAUCUUCUUAUGCUUUUUAAGUAUCUGGAGCAUCUGGGGCAUGUUAAUGUGAUGCCGUCCAAGCCAAACAAACUUUCAGAAGAGUCCCAGCUGGCAACAGGAAUCUUUCUUAUGUCGAAUCUGCAGGCGCUCUAUUCUGGCCUGGUGUACACGCCUGGAGCUCCUUUCCGAGAGAAUAAGAAUGCUAAUAAGCUUUUCAUAGCGUUCUACUUUUUCCAUCUAGUCCUUCUGUCGAUUCUUUUCAUUUCAGUUAGUAGCAUCCCGGUGUCUAACAACUCUAUGUGUGUUAUGUUUAGAAAGCUGUUCAAUCUACUUCCACUAUCGCUCAAUGCAACCAUUGCAAUCCUUGCUCUUACUGUUUCUGAUGCGUUUAUAGUCAUUCUUUUGACAAAGGUGCUGAACGCCCUCCACUCUAGUUAG